ACGUCACUACAGUGCGACAUGCCGGAUGGACUAGACGAAUGCACACAAACUGCUGCAUUUUGACAGCAACGUCAGCUUGCUGUUGUUUUAUGAGCUAAUUAUUGUACCGACAUUUAAGGGGUACAUGUAGUUAUCACUAAAUGAGCGGCCAGUAGCUACGAAGGUGUAGCUUCAUAUUUUUUAACGUCAGUUUCUCGUCCACAAAUCCAUCCAACAGCUAGCUGAGCAACAUUAGCGUUGGCGAGUAGCUAACGUUAAUGGUAGAAGGAAACGUUUUUUUAACGCUUAACAGUUAUCCUGACAGAGGUUUAGCAUUUGUCGCAUCUACCGCUUUUUCCCGACGGCGGUAUGAGUUAUGGAUAUGGUGGUGGAGGUGGGAGGAGAGGCAGAAGAGGAGGUCGAGGCAACAGAGAUGGAAGCAGGGAGAGAUGGGACAGAGGAGGUGGAGGAGGCUCGAGGGGACACAGUUCCGACUUUGACCAGGAUAGAGGUGGAGGAGGCGGAGGUGGACAACGGGACCGUCCUCCUCCACACCUGAAGGGCCGGGAGAUUGGUCUGUGGUACGCAAGAUAUGGAGCCGUGAGGAGGAAACAGGCUGACCGGAGAUCGCGGGCAGUGGUCCAGAUGGAUGAGGCCAGAGAGCAGCACAUCACCAAGCUGCUUAACUCAGUCCAGAGUGAACAGCAUGGUUCAGCGAGAGAUGGCUGGGAUACAAGAGCCUCUACAUCUGGCAAUUGGCGGGCAGCUGCAAAUAGCGGUGGUCACUGUUUCUUUGAUGGGGAUGAGCCAGAGGAGGAGAAAAUAAAGAGCGAAAUUAAAAAUGAGGAAGAGGAGGAAGACAUUAGCGUGGGCCAGAAAGCAACUCACAAAUCACAACGUCAUUUCACUCAGGCAGUCAAAGAUGAGACUCCAGACCAGUGGGAUGAUGAUGAUGAAGAAGAAGAGCAGCAGCAGGAAGAGCAGCAGCAGCAGCAGCAGCAGCAGCAGCAGCAGCAGCAGCAGCAGCAGCAGGAAGACAAAGACGAACUUAGAAAGAAAGACAAGGAUCUGGAGUUUUUAUUUCAGGAAGUACGCAGAGACAGUUCACUGGACGAGAGCUUACAGAGAGAUCUGCAGAGAAAGAAAUCAGAUCCAAAGUACAAAGAGAUGCUAAAAUUCAGGGAAAAGCUACCAUCCUAUGGGAAAAAAGAGGAGCUGGUAGAGCUGAUCAACUCGAACCGUGUCUUGGUGGUGAGUGGCGAAACAGGGUGUGGAAAGACCACUCAGGUCACCCAAUUCAUCCUAGAUGACUACAUCAAUCGAGGCGUUGGCUCGAUGUGUCGUGUGGUCUGCACGCAGCCUCGCCGCAUCAGUGCCAUCUCAGUUGCAGAGCGUGUAGCAGCAGAGAGAGCGGAGAGUGUAGGGAAUGGAAACUCAUGUGGUUAUCAAAUCCGCCUGCAGAGCCGGUUACCACGGAGACAAGGUUCGGUCCUGUACUGUACAACAGGCAUUAUUCUUCAGUGGCUUCGCUCAGACCCAUUAUUGUCCAGUGUCAGUCACCUGGUGUUGGACGAGAUCCACGAGAGAAACCUGCAGUCUGAUGUUUUGCUUAUCAUCGUGAAGGACCUGCUCAGUGCCCGCGACGACCUCAAAGUCAUCCUCAUGAGUGCCACGCUCAACGCAGAGAAAUUUUCCAGAUAUUUUGGCAACUGUCCAAUGAUCCACAUCCCUGGUUUGACAUUCCCAGUGGAAGAGUUCCUACUUGAGGACAUUGUGGAGUUGACCAGGUAUCGACCCCAGAAUAAGGACCGUCGCCCCACAUGGAAGAGAAACUUUUGGCACGGACGCAACGCCAGAUCCGAGAAGGAGGAGAAAGAGACUGAAUACAAGGAGAGCUGGCCUUGUUAUGCUCGCACGCUGCAGGGCAGAUACUCUGACAGUACUAUUGAAGCACUGGAGAUGUUGGACAACGAUGACAAGAUUGACCUGGAGCUGAUCCUGGCACUGAUUCGCCAUAUUGUGCUCAAUGAAGAGGAGGGAGCAAUCUUGGUCUUCCUGCCUGGCUGGGACAACAUCAGCACUCUCAAUGACCUGCUCAUGGCUCAGCAGAUGUUCCGAUCAGACCGGUGCGUUAUCAUCCCUUUGCACUCCCUCAUGCCGACCGUUAAUCAGACGCAGGUGUUCAAAAGGCCUCCUCCUGGAGUUAGAAAGAUUGUGAUUGCUACCAAUAUAGCCGAGACCAGCAUCACCAUAGAUGACGUUGUUUAUGUGAUAGAUGGAGGCAAGAUUAAGGAGACCAACUUCGACACCACCAACAACAUCAGCACUAUGACAGCAGAGUGGGUUAGCCUGGCCAACGCCAAACAACGAAAAGGACGUGCCGGCAGAGUGUGUCCAGGGAAGUGCUAUCAUCUGUACAACGGUCUCAGGGCCAGCCUGCUGGAUGCCUAUCAAUUACCGGAAAUCAUGAGGACGCCGCUGGAGGAGCUGUGCCUGCAGAUCAAGAUAUUGAAGCUCGGGUCUAUAGCUCGAUUCCUGGAGAAAGCCUUGGAUGCUCCCACUGAAAAGGGCGUCAACCUGGCAAUCAAGAACCUGACAGACCUGAACGCCCUGGACCAUUCAGAGAACCUGACAGCUCUGGGUUUCCACUUGGCUCGUCUCCCCGUGGAGCCUCACAUCGGGAAACUCAUCCUGUUCGGAGCUCUGCUGGGCUGCCUCGACCCCGCACUCACCAUCGCUGCUUCACUCAGCUUCAAAGACCCUUUCUUCAUACCCCUGGGUAAAGAGAAGAUGGCGGACAUGAGGAGAAAGGUCCUGUCCAGAAACUCAAAGAGUGACCACCUCACUAUUGUCAAUGCCUUCAAGGGUUGGGAGGAAGCGAAACAGCGUGGUGCCAGGUAUGAGCGGGAGUACUGCUGGGACAACUUCCUGUCUGCCAAUACGCUCCAGAUGCUGCACAACAUGAAGGGCCAGUUUACUGAGCAUUUAAUGAACACAGGCUUCGUCAGCAGCAAGGACCCCAAAGACCCCAAUUCUAACGUCAACUCAGACAACGAGAAGUUAAUCAAGGCUGUGAUCGUAGCCGGUCUGUACCCAAAGGUGGCCAUGAUCAGACCAUCUCACAGCAAAAAGAGGCCGGGGGCAAAGGUGUACACCCAGGCUGAUGGGAAGGUGAACAUCCACCCAAAGUCGGUCAACGCUGAAGAGAGCGAGUUCAACUACGCGUGGCUCAUCUACCACCUCAAGAUGAGAACGAGCAGCAUCUUCCUGUACGACUGCACCGAGGUGUCCCCGUUCUCUCUGCUGUUCUUUGGAGGAGACAUCACAAUCCAGAAAGACGGGGAACAGGAGACCGUUGCCGUCGACCAGUGGAUCGUCUUCAGAUCCCCGGCUCGCAUCGCUCACCUUGUCAAGAGUUUAAAGAAAGAGCUGGACUAUCUGCUGGAGGAGAAGAUUCGCAACCCCGCGCCUGUGGACUGGCAAAACCGGCAGUCCAAAGACUGCGCCGUCAUCACAGCCAUCAUAGACCUUAUCACCACCCAGGAGAAGCCUGCAGGCGGCAAUCGGGGCUAUGACCGAGCAUGGGCCCCAAGAGGACAACACAUUCAUUUCAAUGACGAUGAUGAUGACGACGAUGAUUAGAAGCAGCCAUGUGUUGGGCCUGGGAAAUGACUGAGUGCAUCCUUGGACAUGGAGGUUAGUUGGGAUUAUUUAUGACAAGCAGCUGGCCUCCCUCAUGGUGGAAAUCUUAGUGUUCCCUGGGUGCAAACCCAGAGCACUAGGAAGAGUUACGCACUUGAAUGACUCCCGUAAUCAUUAUUUUUUGCGGUCAUUAUUUUGCAAGGACCAAUCCAUGUUCAAAAACAACGAGUAGCUGUUCUGUUUGUUUAGUUUGUACAUUUCUGGUUGCGCUUGUUUUUGAGAAAUGUCACUUAAUGGACUGCGCAAUAAAGAAAGGAUGAAUCACCAAA